UCCCCUCUUCCCCCCCCCAUAAGAACCUCUGUAGGGAGCUGGCGAACAGCAGCACACAGUCAUCACAGAGGGGUUUCCAGGGCGGGAUUGCAACCUUGCAUAUAGCCAGCUACAACUUUAUUUUCUGUAUUUCUCCCCUCCCCCUUAUUUUUUUUUUUUUUUCCCAGGGAAAGGGAGGAAGGAGGAGGGAGAGAUGGUUGCAUUUUUCUCCUUUACUAAUCAUAAUUGAAUCAAAGUUGUAAAAUGCCUGGGAGUUUAACACUGACCGGGUGGGUUUUCAACGGCUUUUUUUUUUCCUCCGAAGAACUGUCGGUUAAUGGAUGAAUGGAUCUGAUCGAGCUGAGAAAGAAUAUGCUAGAUACAUGCCUUUGAGUAAGAUUUCUGCUGCUUUUAUGCAGUGAAGCCUUUUGCUUUGAGUAAUUCCGAUCCAGUUGACGUCUGGUGAGAAUUAGAGAGAGAUUCGCCGAGACUUCCGAUUUCUUGCUGCAUGACUGCCUUUGCUGCAAGUGCUAGAUUUGCAGCCUUGAACCUGAUGCCACAGGAGAUGUCUUGCAGUACAGAGACUUGCCAUUUUUUAGGAUAUGUUCCUCCAAACCAGAGUUGUGGCAUGAGGACUGGAGCUCUGAGGUGGACGAUAGAAAAUGCGAGCCUGCCCCAGGAACCCAGCAUUUAAGCCCGAAUGAUUUAUUAGUCUUCCCCUACUGACACACAGAAUGCAUAUAUUUUCCCUAUUCAUGUUGCUUUUAGACUAGUAGAAGUAGAAGAAAACCACAAGGAGUCAGAAAGACUGCAAGGAGGAAUGGAAAUUGGAUUUGUUUCCAGCUAGAUGAAAUUUGGGUAUUAAAUCACUGACGUAGGUCAAUGGUAGGGUUUCCCCCCAUCCCCGCUGGCUUUUAAUGAGCCUGGGUGUCUUCUCCCCUAAAGGAUGAAGAGCACUGACAGCCAUCGCUGCUUAUAAUCAGUUACUCUGAUGCUUGGAGUAUUGGCGAUGAGAUAUUUCCAUGAGACCUAUUUAGAUCUCUCUACUUCUACGAGGCUAGUUUUACAGAACGUUGGGAAUAAACGGAAAUAAAAUGUACGCUUGCUGCUCUACAGUAACUUUGGAACAGGACCUCAACAAAAAAAUGCAUAUCUGGAUGCUGCAGACGAUCGCGUUUGCUUUAACAUCGCUAGUCCUUUCGUGGGCAGAAAGCAUCGAGUAUUAUGGGGAAAUCUGUGAUAAUGCGUGUCCUUGUGAGGAGAAGGACAGUAUCUUAACAGUGAGCUGUGAAAACAGAGGGAUCAUCAGCCUUUUUGAGAUUAGUCCACCGAGGUUCCCUGUGUACCACCUCUUGUUGUCGGGGAACCUUUUGAACAGGCUGUACCCUAACCAGUUUGUCAAUUACACCGGGGCUUCGAUUUUGCACCUAGGGAGCAACGACAUACAAGACAUCGAAACGGGGGCCUUUCAUGGUCUGAGAGGUUUAAGGAGGCUGCACCUGAACAACAACAAGCUGGAACUUUUACGGGAUGACACUUUCCUUGGGCUAGAGAGUUUGGAGUAUCUACAAGUCGAUUAUAAUUAUAUUAGUGUCAUUGAACCCAAUGCCUUCAGCAAACUGCAUUUGCUGCAGGUACUGAUUCUCAAUGAUAACCUCCUCUCCAGUUUGCCCAACAACCUUUUCCGUUUUGUGCCCUUAACUCACCUGGACUUGAGGGGUAACCGGCUGAAGCUGUUGCCCUAUGUGGGCCUUUUGCAGCACAUGGAUAAAGUAGUGGAGCUGCAGCUGGAGGAAAACCCCUGGAAUUGCUCUUGCGAGUUGAUUGCUCUAAAGGAUUGGCUGGACAGUAUCUCCUACUCUGCUCUGGUGGGAGAUGUGGUUUGUGAGACCCCUUUCCGCUUACAUGGUCGAGACUUAGAUGAGGUCUCCAAGCAGGAGCUUUGCCCCAGGAGACUCAUCUCGGAUUAUGAAAUGAGACCACAAACACCGCUGAGCACCACUGGGUAUUUCCACACUACCCCCGCCUCAGUGAACUCUGUGGCCACUUCUUCUUCAGCUGUUUACAAAUCCCCUUUGAAACCCCCUAAGGGGACCCGCCAACCCAACAAGACCAGGGUGCGUCCCACCUCCCGCCUGCCCUCAAAAGACCUGGGAUACAGCAACUACGGCCCCAGCAUCGCCUACCAGACCAAAUCCCCGGUGCCUUUGGAGUGCCCCACUGCCUGCACUUGCAACUUGCAGAUUUCUGACCUGGGUCUCAACGUCAACUGUCAGGAGAGGAAGAUUGAGAGCAUAUCCGAACUGCAGCCCAAACCCUAUAAUCCUAAGAAGAUGUAUCUGACAGAAAACUACAUCGCUCUAGUGCGCAGGGCAGAUUUUGUGGAUGCCACUGGGCUGGAUUUGCUGCAUCUGGGCAAUAAUCGUAUCUCAGUUAUUCAGGAUCGGGCUUUUGGGGAUUUAACUAACUUGCGAAGACUGUAUCUGAAUGGGAACCGGAUUGAGAAGCUGAGCCCAGAGCUGUUCUAUGGGCUGCAGAGCCUGCAGUACCUCUUCCUGCAGUACAAUGUUAUCCGGGAGAUAGAGGCAGGCACCUUUGAACCCGUUCCUAACCUCCAGCUCUUGUUUUUGAACAACAAUCUGCUGAGAUCUUUGCCCGGGAACAUUUUUUCCGGUCUGUCUCUCUACAGGCUGAGCCUGCGCAGCAACCACUUCUCCUACCUGCCGGUGAGCGGGGUACUGGACCAGCUGAAAUCCCUGUUGCAGAUCGACCUGCACGAGAACCCCUGGGACUGCACCUGCGACGUGGUGGGCAUGAAGCUGUGGCUGGAGCAGCUCAACACCGGCGUCCUGGUGGACCAGGUCAUCUGCGAGUCCCCCAAGAAGUUCGCCCAGAGCGAUAUGCGGGCGGUGCGGACGGAGCUGCUGUGCCCCGACUACUCGGACAUCGUCGUCUCCACGCCCACGCC